CUCCGUCUCCAUAUAGGCGCUGGUGCAGGUGCUCUGUCUCUUCGGGGGAGGAUGCAUAGGAAAGACGGGCAGGGGAAAGAAUGAAGGAAAACGCCGAGAGAGAGGAGCACAGGAUAUGAUUGGAAACGCGUGGAAAUUCAAUAUGAAAGAUUUAUUGUAAGGGGCACUUUGAGCUGUUAUUCCUGGUUGGCAAUAGUACUAUGAUUUGGUAUGUGGCCACUUUGAUAGCAAGUGUUUUCAGCACCAGAGGAACGGCAGCUCAAGGUGCCCACGGAGUGAGAGAGGAGCCUCAGUUUGUGACGGCCCGUGCAGGAGAGAGUGUUGUUCUGGGAUGUGAUGUGAGCCAUCCCCUAAAUGGCCAGCAGACUCCCUAUGUGGUGGAGUGGUUCAAAUUCGGUGUGCCUAUCCCCUUCUUCAUCAACUUCCGAUUCUAUCCUCCUCAUGUGGACCCUGAGUAUGCUGGGAGAGCCAGUCUGCAUGGCAAAGCUUCUCUGCAGAUCGACCAGGUUCGCUCGGAAGACCAGGGCUGGUACGAGUGCAGGGUACUCAUGCUGGAACAGCAGUACGACACCUUCCAUAAUGGCAGCUGGGUUCAUCUCACAGUCAACGCACCUCCUACGUUCACGGACACGCCACCGCAGUAUGUGGAGGCGAGGGAAGGCGGCAGCAUUACUCUAACAUGCACAGCCUUCGGAAACCCCAAGCCGGUGGUCACCUGGCUGAGAGAGGCAGAUCAGUUGACCAGCAGCAAGAAAUACAUGGUAAGUGACGGUAGUUUGACGGUGCAGGCCAUCGUGAGGGAGGACCGGGGGGCCUACAGCUGCCGUGCCCACAGCGACCAGGGGGAGGCGGUGCACACCACACGUCUGCUGGUGCAAGGUCCUCCAUACAUCGUUUCACCACCGGAGAACAUCACUGUAAACAUAUCCCAGAAUGCCCAAUUUACGUGCCAAGCCGAGGCGUAUCCUGGCAACCUGACCUACACCUGGUUCUGGGAAGAGGACAAUGUCUACUUCAAGAAUGAUUUGAAGCUUCGCGUGCGCAUCUUUAUUGACGGAACCCUUAUCAUCUACCGAGCGAAGCCAGAGGAUGCUGGGAAAUACACCUGUAGCCCUAGUAACAGUCUGGGCAUCUCCCCCUCUGCUUCAGCUUACCUGACUGUGCAAUACCCUGCCCGUGUUGUGAACAUGCCACCUGUCAUCUACGUCCCAAGAAAAUUGCCUGGAAUCAUUCGCUGCCCUGUAGAUGCCAACCCCCCUGUUACAUCAGUCAGAUGGGAGAAAGAUGGCUACCCUCUUAGAAUCGAGAAGUAUCCCGGAUGGAGCCAAAUGGCAGAUGGAAGCAUUCGGGUGGCAGAGGUCACUGAAGACUCCCUUGGCACCUACACCUGUGUGCCUUACAAUGUCCUAGGUACCAUGGGACAGUCCCCUCCAGCCACUCUGGUGCUAAAGGACCCCCCUUACUUCAACGUGAGGCCUGGGGGGGAGUACCGCCAGGAGGCGGGGAGAGAGCUGGUCAUCCCCUGCGCUGCCUCUGGAGACCCUGAGAUUCCAACCAUUGUAUGGAGAAAGGUCGGGAAGCCCAGCAGAAGCAAGCAUAGCCUCUUAUCAAGUGGUAGCUUACAGUUUGUGUCUCUGAGCAAAGAGGAUCAUGGGGAGUGGGAAUGUGUCGCAACCAAUGUAGUAACAAGCAUCACUGCCAGCACACGCCUUUUUGUAAUAGGCACUAGUCCACAUGCGCCAACCAAUGUCCAUGUGUCAGCGUCCACAAGCUCCGCUAAUGUUUCCUGGGAACCUGGAUAUGACGGAGGUUUUGAACAGACGUUUUCGGUCUGGUACGGCCCGGUGAAGGUGAAGAAUGAUUUAGGACCUCACGAUUGGCUGUCCAUACCAGUGUCAGGCUCUCAGACAUGGUUGAUGGUGCAGGGGUUGGAGCCAAAGACUGCCUAUCAAUUCAGUGUGCUGGCCCAGAACAAGUUGGGCACCGGCCCCUUCAGUGAGGUUGUCACUGUGACUACAGGAGGGCAUCCCAUAAGUACCCCUGAACCCAUGGUGCUACUAACUCCACCACGGUGCCUGACAGCCAACCGGACACAGCAGGGUGUAUUGUUGACAUGGCUCCCUCCAGCCAAUCACUCUUCACCAAUCGACCGUUAUAUCAUAGAAUUCCGUCUGGGAGAGAGGUGGGAGGUUCUGGAUGACUUGAUUCCUGCCACUGAAACGGAGAUCAUAGCAAGGGACCUCAUUCAGGACUCUUGGUAUGAAUUCAGAGCGCUUGCUGUAAUGGAUGAUCUUGUCAGUGAAAGCAGUAAUGUGGUGGGAGUGUCAAGUACAGACCCCUUCCCUCCCACAGAGAUCUCAGACGAGGGGCUGGCCAAGCCAGUUGUGGCUGGCAUCGUGGCCACCAUCUGUUUCUUAGCGGCUGCCAUCCUCUUCAGCACGCUCGCUGCAUGCUUCGUCAACAAGCAGCAUCACCGCAAACUCAAACGCAAGCGAGACCCUCCGCUAUCAAUAACGCAUACAAGGAAAAGUAUUGAAUCUCCGCCUCCUCUUACCCCCUUGCCUGGCAUUGAGCCCUACUGGGAAGAGCCAGACAGGAGCAGCUACAGGCCCCCAUCUACCAGCCCUCAGCUGUCCUCUGGGAAGAUCAGUCCUGAGAGUAUCGACUCUUCCCGGCCCCCAUCUCUGGCCAGCGUGGGUGGACACAGCCUUUACGUGAAGAAGUUGCCAAGCCCCAGGAAAGAGAAAGAGCUUUCCCUCUAUAAGAAAACCAAGAGAGCAAUAACCAGUAAGAAGUACAGCGUGUCCAAGCAUGAGGCCGAGGUCACCACUCCCAUUGAGCUGAUCAGCCGUGGACCCGAUGGCAGAUUCAUCAUGGAUCCCACAGACAUCGACAUGUCCCUCAAGUCCCGACGCAUUGAGGGUUUCCCCUUUGUGGAAGAAUCAGACUUGUAUCCUGAGUUCCGCCAGUCAGACGAGGAGAAUGAUGACCCAGGUCCCCUACCCCCAGUCAUGGCCACCCUCAGGCCCCAGAUAUCCCCUGUGUCCUCCAGCCAGGAAUCCUACAUGCAGCCCCCAGCCUACAGCCCCCGGUUCCAGAGGCCCAUGGAAGGUAUGAGCAUCUUGGAGGGUAGUCGGCUUCAGGCCACAGGGCAGAGCCGGGUCUCCCAUUUUCACAGGGUCUUCCCUCCAGGGCCCUUCUAUGGCUAUCUAGGUAGCGGUGCUGAGGUGGAGCUUUAUCCUCCGUUUUACAUGCCUGAUGUUAGCCCACGUAGCUCUGCCAUGUCCUCCUCACCAUCAUAUCCCCCCGAGGGGCCGUUCCGUCAUCCCACCAUCCCCGAGGAGAGGGAGGAGCUGAGGAUACAUCAGUACGGCACUUCCGGCCAUUCCCUCCCACUGGUGCAUAGCCCUCCCUCCUCUCGCUCGACCGAGACCUGGCAGCCUCCUGACUUCCCCUUUCUGGGUCAGGAGGGUCCCCGUCUCGUUCUUCCACCACGUCAUUCCUCAUAUCUCCACCGGGACCUCCCCGAGCCCCCACCAUACCCCUCCCAUAGCCGCACUUUUGGCACCACAUCUCAGCUCCCUUCAAGCUCUGCUUUCCUCCAGUUGGAGGCUCCUAGAGCCCACCUGAGCAGAUCUCCCGGCAGGUUCCCGCCUCAGGGCCCUUCAGCCAAGCAUAUAACUAUGCAACAGGCCCAAAGUCUGGGGCAGUUGAGACACACUGCCCACGGUAUGGGUGUACCAGUGUUGCCUUACUCAGGCGCCACGGCCCGCAUGGGGAGCCCAAGCACACUGCACAGUGAGAGCUCAGACGGCUGGAGGUCUGAUGCCCAGCCUUGGCUGAGUCCUAGGGCGGCACGGCGGAUGGAUCUUGGCCUGCAGCAGGUGGUCUUGCAGCCGUCGCGACUCUCCCCUCUCACGCAGACCCCUCCCAGCUCACAUGCCGGCUCUCCAGACAUCCUCGUCCGCCCUCCUCCACGACCCAGCAUCCUGCGGCCUUCCCGCUCUCAAGAGAUGCCUGAGAGUGCUCGUCAUCCCGCCAGUGUCUCCUUCUCCCGGAGGUCUCUCUCCUCUUCCCCUGCCACAUCACCCACCCAGGGCCAGAGGGCCAGCCUCAGCUACCGCACCCAUAUGGCCUUUGCCACAGCAGCGGCCAGCUACCCCUCCCAGUCCCCUUCACCCCCCACGGAGAGCAGUGAUGCUUUCGGCCAGAUGCCAUCUCAAAGAAGGACAGAUGAGGAGAUGCUUCCCUCAGAACCCUCUUCAGGGGAGCAUCUAGGUGCAGUGAGAGUCCCUGCAGGGUCUGAGAGAUUUGAAGCACUGAUUUAUUAUUGUAUUAAUAAAGACAAGAAAUCAUCCGCCAACAAGAACAACAACUCCAGAUUUAAGAAAAAGACAGAUGUGUCGUCCUCUCAGACCCCGCAGCCGCAUGCAUCUCAGGCCUCUGAGCAAAGAGAACAUCGUAGCUCUCCCUCCAAGAAAAAGUGGAAAGGGCCACUUAGAAAGCCUCCCUGUCUCCAUCUGUCCUCUCUGCUGCGCUGGCUUCACCCCAGAGAAGACAGGAAGUCACUUCUGGCCAGUAUGGACUCUGCCCCCUCAAACUAUGGCUCUCUGCUGUGAGAGCAGCCCCCCCCACCCACACACACACACACACACUAACCUUAUCUUGUGGGCUGGAUCGUCUCCUUGUCCAUUAGCAAACAUAUACAAUGGACAUGCUCUCAGUACUGUUUUGUAAUCAGUUUAAACUAGAUACGAUUUAUCAUCUUCGUUUGGCACAAUAUCCUCCUACACAUAUCUGUAUUUUCUGUAUAUUUACACAAAGGAAAAAGAAUAGGGGUGUUGCUCUUUUAGAAGAAAUGGAAAAGGACAGGAAAAGCUCUUUGUUUCAUAAUAAAAGUAAAAGAAUAGCAAUCCAUUAAAUGCUUGGAAAAAGGCCACUUCAGUUUUUGUAAUACGGUCUUAAAUGUCAGAACUGUGUAUAUUGUGAAGGAUAGAGAGUUUAAUACUCUGUGCAGUUUUGUCCCUCAAGACGUGAUAGUUACUACAGGGUUUCUCAUCUUCCUUCUACAAAAUAUACCUCAAAAAGCAAGAAAGAAAAAAAAGAGGAAGAAACAAUCUGGCACAUUAUUUCAGCACUUCUACCAUAUUUUGUGCAAGUUAACAUAUUUCAUUCAGAAUGACAUAUGUUGUCUGUUUGUGGCAAAGCUUUAACAGUAUUAAAAACACGGGGGUUAAGCCCAGAAUGCUCAAAAUGAUUGUUCUUUUGUCAAAUUGAUUUGUUUAUAAAAUAUUAAAAAUGAAAUAUAAAGCACAGAAUAUCAUAGAAAUUGUAAGCUUCAAAAGACUCUGGUUGGCUGCCAUACUAGACAGGUUAUGUGACAAUAUUUGAACAGAUAUUUAGUUAUUUAUGAUGUCAAAGCUCAGAUUGAUCCAAUUUUUAGCUCUAAGCCAAGGAAGGUGGAAGAGAAAAUAUUCUUGUUGAUUUUUCUAAUAAUAUAUGUUAUAUAUUAUUUAUGACAUUAUUUAAUGGGUAAGGCAACUUUUUAUCAAUUUAAAGAUUAUUUUAAAACAUGACAUCUAAAGUGGUUGGAAGUUGAAUAAUAUUCGCCCCCUUAAAAAGAUUCAGGUUCACAUUGAAUUUUAGGAGUAUGCUUUUUGACAUGUUCAGAUGACAUAUUUAAAAAUGUAAUAUUUAAACUAAUGUAGCUGUAUUUGGUCCUUGUCUUGCACAAAUGUAGUUAGAAGUGGUGAAAUGCAUUAGUAAUCUUUCAAUCACUUCUUUGAGGAUAAAUCAUAAUUUGAUGUAUGUUGCUUUAGAUAUACACAAAGGAAGUACAGUAGUUAUUGUGCAAACUAAUGAAGACAUCAGUAUAACAGCAAAAUGAAAUUAUCUGUGUUUUUUUACAGAAGUGAACCUCCAAAAGUGUUCUUUUAAAAUGAUAAUAAUUCUCAUGUAGAUUAUAGGCCUAUCAUCCAUCUCCGCUCACCUGAAUUCAAUAGCAGAGUUUUUGUUAACUGAAUUAUUAAUUAUGAGUUUAGUAUUUCUGAACAGCUGUUCAUUGUAUCCAGAGCUCACUAACAGCUGCUGAUUUGCUACUACAGUGAAAGCUAAUCAAGUGUUUAGUUUAGUUUAACCGAUGGUGAAUGUAUUGUUUGCUCUUAGUAGAUCAGAUUUAUCUGAAAAUUUUCAUUGUGAUUCAAUGUGUUUUUGUUCAUUUAGAUGGCAAUCAUUGCGAUCAACUCCAAAUCAAAUCUCCAAAUGACUCUGUGGGGUUUGUUGUGGCUAAAGUUUAAGAAUGAGGUACGAUGUCAUAGGAAAAUGAAUAUCACACAGUACUUGAAUCUGACUGAGUAUACAAGCAGAAAACACUGGGAUGAAAUCCUGUGUUCACGGAGUAAAGAUUCACUCAGUAGUCACACUUUCAUUGCAGACAAAAAAGUGACAUUGAGUGUAUAGGAUUUUACUUAAGUGCCCAAAGGGCUGUUUACUUUCUUUAUUUUAUAUAUAUAUAUAUAACAUGAAAAAAGAUACUCAAAUAUUUCACCUCACAGUGACUAUUUGAGCUAUUGAGCCCAUUGCUUAUUUCUACAUAUGUAUUUGUCAAUUGUUUUUCACCACACAUGGUGCGUACCAAUCCAGACAGCUGCUUUAAAUGUGUAGUCUCCUAGAGGAGAGGGGCAGUGGCUAUUUUAGCUGUUGGGAAAUUAAUAGAUUUAACUCUGUUUUUGCUACAUGUCCUCUCUGUACGAGUUGCUGAUUAAGUCCUACAAAAGCCACAUAAUGUUUACAUGGUCUAGAAGUAACGUGCGAGGAUGUAUGCACAUUGUACACAUUAGAACUUGGUGCUAUGUCUUUUUGAACUCCUGGUGCUGUGGUUCAGAGGUUAACACACAAACUCACGCACAGUCCUCCUUCUUGAACUAACUAAACUAGCUCCGUUGUGGUUUCCUUUGUUGAGUUCUCCAGGUGUGUAGGACUGCAAGCAAUAAAAACCUCUUUCACAGGGCAGAUCCUGUGUGCUCAUUAUGUUACACUAUAGAAAUGGAAAAGGUGUUUAAUACAGUUCUGCUUCCAGAUUUAAGACGUGCUUACAUUAUUGAGUGAUCGUUCGCUGUCAACAUGAAUAAAGAAAAAAAACAUGACAUAUAUAAAUAGGUUUAUAAAGAAGAAUUUGCUAGACUUGAGGAGGCAGCAAAUCAAUGUGUAAUCCAUGAAAUGUACCCACGGUAUGAUAAUUUUUCAUUUAGCAUGGAAAGUACCUGGUAACACAAACAGGUGUGAAAGACAUAAUUUCGGUUUUACAGCGUUUUACUGAUUUAGGAUGCCGGUGCAGUGUCGCUGUAUAUCUGUGGAUGGUGAUUGACGGCGUUAUAUUUUAUCCAGCUUCUCUGGUCUCUAAAUAGAUAACCCAUCUGAAACAUUUCUCUUGUUGAAUACAUUGUAUACGAUACUGUACAGGUAGACUUGUCCCCUUUUGGCUUGUAAUGGACAAAUGUCUUAAGAGGGCUCAUUUGCAGGAAGUGUCAUAUCAGCUCUUUGAUUGCCUGUAUUCAGUUAUUGUACAUACUUCUUAUGGUGCUUUGUGAAACUUUAUUUCCUUUUUCUGUUGAUUGAACAGCAUUAACCUCACAGAACCGAGAAAGUUCCUCUGAUUUCCUUAAUCUGUUUGUUCUUUUUUUUUUAAAGUGCAUCUUUUUGUUCUUUAUUCUUUGCUGUUCAUAUUAACCAGUACUGAAACUUAGAAUGUAAUACUGCAUUAUGCACUAAUUUAUGACUGUUUUAACAUUAAACCUCAUACUUAGAGAUAGUGCUUACUGGAAGCAUAUUUCAGACUGCAUUAUUGUGCUUUUUAACUGCUUUUAAAUUUGUGUUGUACAUUGUUUACAGAUUAUAUGAUCUGAAGAUGUGUUCUGGGCAAAAAUGUUUUUCAUCUUUAAAUGCAAUGCAUAAGAGACUGUUCUCAUGUGAAGAAGAAAAAAAUCAUAAAAUUAUUUAUUUUAUUAUUUUAUUUCUGAUUUAUUUGAUUGAAAGACUUGAUUGGAGGCAUCUUUGUUAAGUAAUCUGAUUUAUAUCAGGUAUCAUUCUCAAAAAGUAUGGUGCUGUACCAAAGCCUUAUGUAAAAUAUUAUUACGAUGUAUUAUUUGAUUCUUCUGCCACUGCUAAAGGAAUUAUGACGCAUGGUGCAGUGUGCCUCUAACUUUUCGUCCUUGAUUAAUGCUCCAAAGUGUUUUUCACUGACAUUCGCUGUCUCCACAUGCUCUGAUGUUAAGAUAUGGUGCCUGGUGUGUCUUCUUGCUGCUAGGAGUAAAUGUUAAUGGUGUUUCGUUUCUGUACAGCCAACAUCUGAAAUGUGACAUUGACCUCCUCAGUAACUCAGUUGGACACUUUGAUUCAGCAUCUUUAUAUUAAAAGGGAACAACCCUGCAGUAAGCAAUGGCAUUUUUAGAUAAUAAAGGAAAAGCCCAUUGUUUUCAUAUAUUUUGUUUUUAUUCUAUUUUUUAUUUUACUUGUAUUAAUAAUUUCUCAGAGACCCCAAUCAAAAAGAAUAUGCUACUCUGACAAAUGAACUGUGCCUGACAAUACAAGACCUGGGAAUGAUAAAUAUGGAGUGCUACAUUUGUUUGUGUGCUGUCUUUAAAAGGCCAGAUGAAGUCUAUAUAGUGGAGCCGUUCAAAAUGCAUUGUUUACAUCACCAGAUGCCCAGAUAUGCACAUUUCGGCAAGCUCUAUUAGGUUGACAUUUUCCAACGCUUUGGUCCAUGUAAUAACCCCGUAAAACUUUUUGUAUUUUGAUAUAAUAAAAAAAAUAUA